ACUGAGAGAUCCAUAUAAAGUACUAAUAUAAUCACCACUAAAGUCUUGCAACAAUUAAUAUCCAUCCAAAACCAUGGCUAGUUGUUUAGUGUGUUGUAUCAUAGUGACAAGCUUGUUUAUGUCUCUAAGUUUUGCUUCUGCUCAACAAGGGAGGGCUUUCUUCGUUUUUGGCGAUUCACUCGUGGACAGUGGCAACAAUGAUUUCUUGGCUACCACUGCACGAGCAGAUGCCCCUCCUUAUGGCAUUGACUUCCCAACACACAGACCCACUGGACGCUUCUCUAACGGCCUUAACAUCCCCGACAUAAUCAGUGAGAACCUUGGCUUGGAGCCUACUCUGCCGUAUUUGAGUCCUCUGCUUGUCGGAGAGAGGCUCCUAGUUGGUGCAAAUUUUGCAUCAGCGGGGAUUGGAAUUCUCAAUGAUACCGGAUUUCAGUUUCUGAACAUCAUUCACAUCUACAAGCAACUGAAGCUAUUCGCACAUUACCAGCAAAGGUUGAGUGCACACAUUGGUAAGGAGGGAGCUUGGAGGCAUGUAAACCAAGCACUAAUCCUCAUCACACUUGGAGGCAACGAUUUUGUGAACAAUUAUUACCUGGUCCCGUAUUCAGUAAGAUCUCGCCAGUUUUCUCUCCCAGACUACGUGACCUAUAUCAUAUCCGAGUACCGACUAAUUUUGAGGAGGCUGUAUGAUUUGGGAGGUCGUAGGGUUCUUGUAACGGGGACGGGACCAAUGGGGUGUGUGCCAGCAGAGUUAGCUUUGAGAAGCCGAAAUGGUGAGUGUGACGUGGAACUCCAGAGAGCUGCGUCCUUGUUUAAUCCACAACUUGUUGAAAUGGUCAAAGGACUCAAUCAAGAGAUUGGCGCUCACGUCUUCAUUGCUGUAAAUGCAUAUGAAAUGCACAUGGAUUUCGUUACCAACCCUCAAGAUUUUGGAUUUGUUACAUCAAAGAUAGCUUGUUGUGGGCAAGGCCCGUUUAAUGGGGUUGGACUCUGCACAGCCCUUUCCAACUUGUGUCCAAAUAGAGACCUAUACGCGUUUUGGGAUCCAUUUCACCCAUCGGAGAAAGCUAACCGAAUCAUAGUCCAACAGAUGAUGACUGGCUCUGACCAGUACAUGCACCCCAUGAAUCUUAGCACCAUCAUGGCCCUAGAUUCCAGGGUUUGAUUGAUACAUUAUGCAACAGGAUAAGUGUGAAGCCAUAUUCUAAAUAUGUGCCCUCCCUAAGUUUUGUUAUCUGUUGAUGAAUCCUCUAGCUAGUGUCAUUUGUGGUUUCGAAAAUGUAGUAUUCUUUUGAUUGCAUCGUUGUGAGAAUUUUUGUGUGUAGUGGAGAAUGGUAGUAGUAAUUGUGAUCAUGGCUCUCAACUUUAUGUGCUUCCUAAAAAUUUAGAAAUCUAUGAUUAGAAUGUAUUUUUAAUGGA